AGAUGGCACCGCGGUGGCUGUGGCUGAACUUGCUGGGCGUCUUGGCGGUGGCGGCAGUGCAGGAAUCCCUGCUGAACAUGUGCAUGAAUGCCAAGCACCAUAAAGAGAAACCUGGACCAGAAGACGCCCUUCAUAAUCAGUGUUCCCCGUGGAAAAACAAUUCCUGCUGCACAACCAACACCAGCCAGGAGGCGCACAACGAUGAGUCGUACCUGUACAACUUCAACUGGAACCACUGCGGCAUCAUGUCGAAGGAGUGCAAAAAGCACUUUAUCCAGGACACCUGCUUGUACGAAUGCUCACCCAACCUGGGGCCGUGGAUUAAUCUGGUAG